AUGGAUUUUUUAGGUGACAGUCUAGUUGUUAGAUUAUAUUUGGGUUACCCUAAUAUGCAUAUCUUGAAGCUCUCCAUGGGAACACCACAAGUAGACAUCUAUGCCAUUGCCGAUACAGGGAGUGACCUUAUUUGGACACAAUGUGUACCUUGUCCUGGCUGCUACAACCAGAUUUAUCCCUUGUUCGAUCCUUUAAAGUCAUCAACAUAUAAUGACUUUUCUUGUCAAUCCAAACAAUGUAAUAUACUAAGUGGCACAUGUGAUGCUAAAAAACUUUGCAACUAUGCUUACAAGUAUGGAGAUGGUACCUUAGCCCAAGGUAUUUUGGCCAAAGAAACCGUUGCCUUGACUUCCACCUCAGGUGGAAAAGUGUCCGUAGACAUUGUUUUUGGGUGUGGUCACAACGAUACAGGGACUUUGAAUGACCAUGAGAUGGGAAUCGUUGGUUUAGGAGGAGGGAUUAUAUCCUUUGUUUCUCAAAUAGCUUCCACCAUUGGCAGCAAGAGGUUCUCCCAUUGCUUCGUGCCAUUUGAUGUUGAUCCGAGCAUCCCAAGCAAGAUGAGUUUUGGCAAUGGCAGUGAAGUUUUGGGUGAUGGUUGGGUUUCCAUUGGGAAUGUGAUUCUCGAUUCAGGAACUCCGUCAAUGUAUCUGCCGCAAGAAUUUCACGACCGCUUGGUGGCAGAAGUGAGGAAGCAGAUUCCGUUGGAUCCAAUGGUGCUAUAUCUUCCACGUCUUUGCUAUGACACUGCUAAUCAGAAAUUCGACGCACCAAUAUUAACCGCCUGUUUUGAGGGUGCUGACGUGCUGCUAAUGCCCACACAGACCUUUAUAAGCAGAGAUGGUAUUCUCUACUUUGCGGUGUAUCCUUCUGACAAGAAUGAUAAUGAUGGAUUUGGAAUAUAUGGAAACUUUGCCCAAUCAAAUUUCUUGAUCGGGAUUGAUAUGGAAAAAAUGACCGUCUCUUUCAAGCCGACUGACUGCACCAAAUAG